GCAAAGUAGUAGCAGCACCUCGCUCGCUCGUUCCGGCCAUAGCUAGCCUCAUACUCGGUUCAAGCAAGCUAGCUGAGAGACCGAUGGGAGAUAUGGAGCGCACGGGCGCGCCGCGGCGAGGAGCCCUGCGAUUCCGGAUGCCGAGGCGGCCGGCCUUGGCGACGGCCGCGCCGUUGCUGCCGGCAGCUGGAGGCCGCAAGAAGAAGAAGAUGGCGGUGGCAAGGCUGGGCGGCGGCGCGCCGAGGAGCAUUUUAGGUGCGGCCCGGCGGCUGCGGGUGCGGUGGGUGGCGGGGGCGUACCGGCUGGCGGUGCGCCGGUUGCGCGCCUUCUACGCCAGGGUGCUCCAGGACCUCCUCGACGGCGCCGUUGUGGCCGACACAGUGCGCGCACAGGCUGGCGCCGACUGGUCCUUCGGCACUGCAUUCCCGCCCGUUGUCGCCGUCGGCGGCCGCUACUGAAGCCUGUCCCGACGCGGCAGGAACCGCGGGCUUGUAUUCAUAGAUCAAGUUAUCAACCCUACCAACCCGGCUCCUGCAGCGUGUAGGUGUAAGCCACCUGUUUCGCUCCAUUUGUUGCACACUCAUACUCCCUUCGGACGGAAUUAAUCCAUGCGAGUGAUUCAAAGGGAGUAGUAUAUGCAUGUGACUAGAUCGCGUCGAGUAAUCAUGACCAGAGCGAGUAUCUCUUAGUGCAAAACCUAUCGAAUAACAUUUAUAACAUAGAUUAUCUCAACAUAUAAGCAAUUCACAUGAUGUGAUGUAAUUU